UGCUGCUGUAAAUCACCUGAUUACAGCAUCCUGGAUCUCAUUUGGAAACGUGUCAGGGGCGACACUGAAAUAUCACAGAUCUGUCACCGGGCUGUUUCAUCAGACUCAGAAGGCUGAGCUGGAGUCGGUGCCGUUACAGGAUUGCUCAAUGGCUGUGUGUCACCAGGAGGUUGGACUGGUCGGGAGGAGUGUUUGAGCAGCUCAGGGCGCAACAUCAUCGGAGCUCACUGUCUCUUUGCCUCUGUCUGUGUGAGAGUCUCUCUCUCCUCUCUCUCUCACUGAGGAUUUCUCACCCUAAAGUCGAUCAUUCACUCGCUGGAGGAUUUGGAUUACAGCCAGCGCCACGCGUAAAAACCUGAUUUUACAAGAAUGAGCACAAAUGGAAGACACCGUUUGUAAUUCAUUUUAAGAGUCAAAGGACACGUCCCCAAAGAGACAAGACCGCAGUUUUUGGGGGGGUGUUUUUGGUGGGAAAUCAGUGCGUCGGGAUGAACUUGCAGUGGAGCAGUCCGGUGCCCUGCAUCCGCGCCCGGAGAGCCGCGCACAAGCGGCUGGAGUCGGACGACCAGCCGCCGGCUAAAUGCGCCAGGCUGAGCGCCGAGGCGGGAGACGCGCACGGACUCCUCCUCGGCACCUCUCCCGGGUCUCCGGUGAGCCAGACAUCGGCAUCGAACCCCGUCCCGGCGACCCACCAGGGUCCAUCCAGGAUAGGACCGUUCCUGCUUCUUCCCCUGGCGGAACGGGAGAGCGUGCACAGCGCGAUGAACACGGACACGGGCGACGAGCUGGUGUGCAAGGUCUUUGACAUGGGGGUCUACCAGGAGAAGAUGCGACCCUACGGGGUUCUACCAGCGCACAGGAAUGUGGCCGCCAUCAGGGACAUCAUCCUCGGUGACCGCAAGGCAUAUGUGUUCCUGGAGAAGGACUUUGGGGACAUGCAUACUCUGGUGAAGAGCUGCCGCAGGCUGGAUGAGGAGCGGGCCCGCAGUCUCUUUCAGCAGGUGGCGCUGGCCGUGGCGCACUGCCACCGCGCAGGUGUUGUGCUAGGUGACCUCAAACUUCGCAAGUUCAUCUUCGCUGAUGAGAAAAGGUCACAGGUGAGACUAGAAAGCCUGGAGGACUGUCGGGUCCUGGAAGACCCAAAUGACGACUCCAUGUCAGACACGCACGGCUGCCCCGCCUACGUCAGUCCAGAGAUCCUGAGUGGCUCCGCCCCUUACUCUGGAAAGAUGGCUGACAUGUGGAGCCUGGGGGUCAUGCUGUACACCAUGCUGGUGGGCCGUUACCCCUUCCACGACCCAGACCCUGCCACGCUGUUCUCUAAAAUCCGCAGAGGCCAGUGCUGUUUGCCAGAGGGCUUGUCGCCCAAAGCCAAGUGUCUUCUGCAAAGCCUGCUGAGGAAGGAACCGGGAGAGAGACUCACAGCAAGCGAGCUGCUCGCUCACCCGUGGUUCCACAAGCCGCCAUCGCCACAGGAAGCAGCGGCGGGUGAACAGGAAGGGACCUCGGGAGAACAGAUUGUGCCAUCAUUUGACGUGGAGGAAGAAGACGAUCUAUUCUGUUGACGGACUCUGUUCUUCUGAAUGAGGACCAAAAACCAAACAACAAAAAACAUUGCUAUAAGUUUUGUUUUUUAAAAACCCAUUGGCACUUUUUAGAACUCCAUUUGUGUACUGUUGUGUCAACACACACACACACCCUCAAGCUUUCUACACAAACUUACUGUACUGUAUAGUGUUGUCAGAUACGUGUUACCUCCUAAGGGCAUUGUUCACAAUGGUCACUCAUUGUGUUUCUCUAUAUGUGCAGUUUAGAAAUCAUUUGGUGCUAAAAGAAAUCAUUCAUGUUAGAAAUCUCUCCAAGGUACAUUCAUUGCAUUCUGAGAAACUUAACCUCACGACAAAGGCUGGGACGCUGCCCCUCUCGCUGUCCGACGAGCCUGGAGGCAACACCAGCUGAGUCACUGAGCGGCGAGUGGAAGGCGUCGCGCGGGCUUGAUGUCUCACAGCAGGCAGAGUGAGAAAGACGCUUCGCCUGGGACUGAUGUGUCACACUCAGUGAGAUGCUACCGACGCGUCUCGCUGCCAAACUGGCAACGUCUGACAAAUGGAGCGCAUUUACAAAUCUCACACCGCGCACAGAAGGCUGACAGAGGCGGAGUGUUACUGGUGUAAGACGUAGAGGAACGUGGGAGGAGAGUUUGCCAGUCACAUUCAAAAUAAAAAGAAAGAAAGGAAAGAAAAAAAAGCAGUUCUACCAGACUUCCAGGAUUGUUAAAUUCAAUAACAAUCCAAUUAUCCACAGACAAAAUAACACUAAUAAGUCUGGCUUAAGGAGGCCGAGUUGUGCAAAAACUUCCUCAUGUCCUGCAGUUCUAUGUGUAUGGAAGUAAAUCUGUGCCAGAGUUUGAAUUUUUAAGGUUGAAUUUUUUUUUUAGCACCAAAAUCAGAGUUUGAAGUUGAAUUUCUAAAGCAUCAAAAUAUUCAGCCUCAAAAACUUCAACCUAAAAAAGAUUCAACCUCAAAAAAUAGAAAAGCAGGGAGAAGCAAUCGAUCCCUGUCUCAAUCAGCCAAUGUUCAGCAGUGUAUCACGUCUUCUUUCAAUUUGGUCUCGUGUCUCAUGACCAAUGGAGCAAAACGUGAUUGGGUAAAUGUUGGCUGAUUGAGACAGGGAUUGAUUGCUUCUCCCUGCUUUUCUAUUUUUUGAGGUUGAAUUUUUAUUUUUCAUUGUUAAUUUUAGGUUGAAGUUUUUGAGGCUCAAUAUUUUGAUGCUAAACAACUUCAACCUUAGAAAUUCAACUUCAAACUCUGAUGGUGUAACGGAGACCAGCAGGUGUCGUUGUGCAUAUGUAGUUAGUAAACCUCACUCCCAACAGCUCAAAAGGAUUCUCUGGUCACAAGGCCAGAGCUCUGGGUUUUAGCCUUCUGGUUAGAGAGUCUGACUCCCAUGCCGAAGAUCAUGACUUCACGUCCCGAGGGGAGCAAAUGGGCGGAGUCAUAACAGAGUGCAGCCACCACAUUGGCACAGAUUUACUUCCAUAUAUGUGUUCUAUAACACAUAUCACAAAGUCCUAGAAGAGUUUGAUGCACCUUGAUACACGAGACGCACCCACACGGGCGAUUACAUUACUAACGUGUCCCCUUACUUUUGGAUGAAUCCCUUCAAUUUAAUGUGUUUGAUGCAUUUAGAAAACAGAGGAAUCAGCAUCCACAGCGAGAAAACAAACCAACUGCAAUAAGAACCAUUUCACGUGUCAGACGUCUAGAUAAGGAGAUCAUCAAAUUGAAUAAUAGAUGCAUGAAAACUUUUAAGUGGAACAGCUGAAACCAUUCUGUCCUGUUCUUUUUGGAACAUUGUGUCACCGUGCGUUGCGUUCGUGUUGUGCCCAUAUCUGUGUGUUUCAUAAACUGAGUGGCUCUGAAUCAGCGGCAGUCAGGCGAUAUUUGUUGUUGGUUGUCUGCUGAUGACUCAGUACUUCAGCGUGUCUGCAGAGAGAAUGAACCUGACCUUGGCUGGAAGAAUCUAUUCAGACAGUUUCACCUGUUAUACCCCCCCCCCCUUUAAAAAAAAACAAAAAAAAACAAACAAACUGCAGAUCCAUGGAGACCAGACAUCAGUUAGUGAAAGAAAGCUUCUGAAAGAUGCUUUUAUCUCCAAUCCUGAAGCACAGUUUCAAUAACAUCGAGCUUUACAGACCCGUAGGUCUGCAGCUGGCUGUUUCACAUUGGUACUUGUUUUUUGUGUCUUUUUCUUGUAAUGGCAUUAAAUAAUCAGACUUGUCUGAGACAUGUGCAUUUAAGUUUUGCAUAACAAUAGUUAAAAAUAAUAAUAAUAAUUCUCCCUUAUUUCUCAUCAUCUGCGGAAUUUCUACGACAAUCUACACUGUUCCUCACAGAAGGACAAUUUAUUUUAUUUCAUACAUGUGGAGUGAGUCACACAUUCACGACAUGUAAACUGACACGGGUGCACAAACUUCAUAUUGCACUGUGAAUUAUGUAGUUGUGACAAAACCUAGAGGCUGUUAGUCUGCAGAGGUUACACACAUGAGAUCAGUGUACAAAAGAUGUAAAUAUGUACAUUUGAAAUAUGUGCAUUAAGAUGUUAAAUAAAGAUCACUUUUCCAUGA